AUGGCGGCGCUGUCGCUGCGCGUGGCGGCCGAGUGCGGGCGGAGCCGGGCGCGGGCCUGCGAGCUGCGGCUGCCGCACGGCCGGGUGGAGAGCCCGGUCUUCAUGCCGGUGGGCACGCAGGGGGCCCUCAAGGGCCUCACCGCCGCCCAGCUGGACGCCCUGGGCUGCCGCCUCUGCCUGGGCAACACCUACCACCUGGGCAUGCGCCCCGGCCCCGAGCUCAUCCGGACGGGCGGCGGCCUGCACGGCUUCAUGCGCUGGCCCUGGAACCUGCUGACGGACAGUGGAGGGUUCCAGAUGGUUUCUCUGGUGGAGCUCUCUGAGGUGACCGAGGAGGGUGUGCUCUUCCAUUCUCCCUAUGAUGGCAAGGAGAUCCUGCUGACUCCAGAGAAGUCCAUUGAGAUCCAGAACGCUCUCGGCUCGGACAUCAUGAUGCAGUUGGACGAUGUGGUCAGCAGCACAGUGAGUGGCCCUCGCGUGGAGGAAGCCAUGUUCAGGUCCAUUCGUUGGCUGGACAGAUGUAUCACAGCACACAAGACUCCUGGCAAGCAAAAUCUCUUUGCCAUUAUCCAAGGCGGGCUGGAUCCUGCCCUCCGAACCAAGUGUCUUGAAGAAAUGACUAAGCGGGACGUGCCCGGUUUUGCCAUCGGGGGCUUGAGCGGUGGCGAAGCCAAGGACCACUUCUGGAGGAUGGUGGCCCUCAGCACGAGUCACCUGCCUCGGGACAAGCCCCGCUAUCUGAUGGGAGUCGGAUAUGCCACAGACCUGGUGGUGUGCGUGGCCCUGGGCUGCGACAUGUUUGACUGCGUCUUCCCCACCAGGACCGCGCGUUUUGGCUCGGCCUUGGUCCCCUCGGGCUCCCUGCAGCUGAAGAACAAGCGGUACUCCAAGGACUUGAAGCCCAUCGACGAGAAUUGUGGCUGCCCCACCUGCCAGAGAUACAGCCGCGCUUUCUUGCACGCGCUCUUCCGCCACGACACCGCCGCCAUGCACCACGUGACUGUUCAUAACGUCGCCUAUCAGCUGAACCUGAUGCGUUCGAUUCGGGAGAAUAUCAUUCAGCAGAGGUUCCCAGAGUUUGUCCAGGAUUUCAUGAAGACCAUGUAUGGCGACAGAGGGAGCUAUCCACAGUGGGCCACUGAAGCUCUGGCCUCCGUGGGCAUCACUCUGGAGUAA